ACAAUGCAGCAGCCAAAAUGGACGUUGGACACGGUGUCUUGUUGUACAAUUCGCAGAUAAAUUGGCGAAAAUAUGGCCUUUGCAUAGUUUUCUUCAGAAUGUAAGCUUGUAACGAACUUGUCAACAUGUCAAGACAUAGGAACGUGAGGGGGAUGGACUAUGGGGAUGAUUAUGAAGGCUAUGAUGAUGUUUAUGGUCACUCAGUGGAAGAAGAUUAUGGUGUCUCUCCAUCAACAGCUGAGCAGUUCAUUUUCCAUCGCAGCCUUCAGCAUCACCAGCUAGCAUCUUUUCUUGAAGAAGGGGAAGAGGAUUUACAACAAGCUGAGGGGGAUCAAACAAGAAGGGACUCUGACCAACCUCUGAACGACUCCAGGAACUUCAAGAAGCCAGAGCUCUCAGAUAUUGAAGAAGCUCAGCUUCAGUCAUGCUUGGAGGAAAUCCGCAAUGUAGUAGGAGAUGCCAUCCCUGAGCAUGUCUUAGUAGAGACUGCCCUGGCGCACAAAUUCAACUUUGAGAAAGCUCUGAAUGCCAUUCUUGAUCACCAAGAGAGUGGAGGAGGCCAACAGAAGAGCAACAACAACAUGGAGACUCAGACAGCAGCAGCACCACCCAGGCAGCAGCAGCCUCCGUCGACCAAACCCAAACGCCCCAUGCUGGGAGCCAACCCAGAAGACGACAAAGUGGCAGCCGUCACACCGGAGGUGGCCAAGAUGAGCUUCCCAUCCAAACAGGCCAAGAGAGGAUUUGAACUGGGAGCCGUCCCAAGUGGAGAUGUACGGAGAAAGAGUGCUUCACUAAGGCCUAAGCCAAUGUCAGAGUGUAUGGAUGACAUUUCGGAUUUGCAAGUCAGAAGUGAACACCAAGGAAAGCUUCCAACAGUUAUGAGUGCCCCGGAUCUGACGGCGAUGGUUGGGUCAACAUUUGCUCCUCCAGGGCUUCCUGUAAUCCCUCAGAGAAAAGAGUCCAGAACCUCCAAGAUAGGGACAAUAGACAUCUCUGCAGAAUAUAGGAAGAGGCAGGAGGGAAAACAGCUCAUCAACUUGGUUGUGAUUGGUCACGUAGAUGCCGGUAAAUCAACAUUAAUGGGUCAUCUCUUGUAUCUGAUUGGUCAGGUGAACCAGAGACAGAUGCACAAGUAUGAGCAAGAAUCCAAGAAACAAGGCAAGGCAUCAUUUGCAUAUGCCUGGGUGCUGGAUGAGACGGGUGAAGAAAGACAGAGGGGCAUUACGAUGGAUGUAGGUUUAACCAGUUUUGAGACUCCUAAUAGAACGGUGACCCUCCUCGACGCCCCCGGUCACAAAGACUUCAUCCCCAACAUGAUCACAGGAGCUGCACAGGCGGACGUAGCCAUCCUGGUCGUCGACGCCACAAGAGGAGAAUUUGAAACUGGAUUUGAUUCCGGUGGCCAGACAAGAGAACAUGCCCUCCUGGUCCGAUCGUUAGGGGUGACUCAGCUGGCUGUAGCCAUUAAUAAACUAGACACUGUGGGCUGGUCGGAGGUCAGGUUCAACGAGAUUGUAGGCAAGCUGGGACAUUUCUUGAAACAGGCUGGUUUUAAGGAUUCCGAUGUUCAGUUCAUUCCCUGCAGUGGGUUAACGGGUGAAAACCUCAAAGACAGAGCUAAAGAAUCUGCCCUGACUGCGUGGUACAAAGGACAGUCACUUAUGGAACGCAUAGACUGUCUGAAAGCUCCAAAGAGACCUGUUGACAAAUCUUAUCGGCAAUGUGUAUCGGAUGUAUUUAAAGGUAUGGGUGCUGGUAUCAGCAUAGCCGGUAAGAUAGAGUCUGGAGGGGUGCAGGUUGGCGAUAAAGUGGUUAUUAUGCCGGCUGCUGAACAUGGACAGGUCAGAGGUGUUUAUAUCCAUGAAGAAGAGACGAGGUGGGCAUGUGCAGGGGACCAUGCAACAGUAGUGGUAACCGGCAUAGAUCAAGUCAAUGUCAGUGUCGGUAGUGUCAUGUGUUGUCUGGAGCAGCCUAUCCCGGUGACGAGUCGUUUUAGAGCCAGGGUCAUCAUGUUCAACUUGGACGUACCGGUGACAAGGGGAUUCCCUGUGGUACUUCAUUACCAGGCUGAUAGUGAACCAGCCGUUGUUCGUAAACUCAUCAGUACUCUACACAAGAGUACCGGGGAAAUUCUGCAAAAGAGGCCAAAGUGUCUUACGAAGCAGAGUAAUGCCAUAAUAGAGAUAGAGACAAGCAGGCCUGUCUGCCUAGAACUGUAUAAAGACUACAAAGAUUUAGGACGAUUUAUGCUCAGAUACAGCGGCUCGACGAUUGGUGCUGGCGUUGUAAUUGAGAUCAAGAGCUAGUCAAACAGAAACUGAUGCAGUUGGCCACCUUCUUGUCCAGUAUACAUAACACCCCCUCUCUGAUAAUGGAAUUCCCCCUCUCCUUUUACGCUUCUGUUGAAAAAUGAGUAAACAAAAUCAAGAGGCAAACUUAUUUUUCUGUACUAGAAGACAAGAAGGUACAACCACCAUUUAGAAAUUUUAAUUCUUCCAAAUAUAUUUUCCCUUUCUUUUUAAAAAAUGAAAUUUUAAGAGAGGACUUUUUGUCAUAUGAUGUUUUUUUGUUCUUUCUUCUUCUUCCUCAAAAAAUGUAUUUUUUUCUCUUCCUGAAACAAAGUGAACAUAAUUUGUAUACAUUAUCCUGUAUCUUUGUGUUGUGACCAUAAGACAUUUGUAUUUUAGACAAAUCUUGAAUGUAGAAUUUCAGUUUUUCUUUUUAAAUGCAAAUCAAAUUUGCUGGUAAAUUAGAAAAAUGGGCUUUCCUUAUGGCUAUGUGAAUCUAAUUUGAGGCAAACAUUUUGUUUGAAAAUGUUUGGAGGCAGUUGCUCGAUAAUUGUUGGUAAAUCUGUUUAAUCAUCCAUAAUCCGAAGCUCUGAAAGGUUAAGAUCCCACUAAAAAAGAGUAAAAGGUUAAAAAGUAUAGAUAUCACUUUUAAUGUCAAAGACCAGUCUUCGUACUUCUGUGUAUCUAAACAUCUAAACAAAUAGCAAACCUGUGAAAAUUUGAGCUCAAUUGGUCAUCAAAGUUGCGAGAUAAUAUUGAAAGAAAAAAAUACU